ACUCCAAUUCAUUUGGCUCCAACUUAUAAAAUCAACUUUGAAUUCUUGGAUAUGAUUCUAAAGUUUGGUGGUAAUCCAUUUAUGGUCGAUUAUAAUGGAAUGGGCUUGGGCCACUUUUGUGUAGAGCAAAAGAACGUCUCUAUGUUGGUUCAUUUGGUUUCAAAAUAUCCAGAAAUACUAUUUCAACGUGAUAAAUGUGGUCUCUAUCCUAUUCAUUACUCUGCUUUUGACGCAGAAUGCAAGAUGAUAGAUGUAAUGCUAGAUUUCCAAAGACAAAUGAACAAAAGAGAUACAAAGGCCAUCGAUAUGUUCCUAUUCCGUGACUCUAAUGGUCUUACACCUCUUCAUUGGGCAUCCAGCUUGGGUAAUCUUGCAGUCUGUAAGAAAAUUAUUGCAUACAGUACCAAAACUUUAAAUUCAAAAGAUUUAGAAGGUGAAACUCCAAUUUUCAAGGCCUUCAGAUCAAAUAGAGUCGAGUGUCUUCAAUUCUUUUGUAGUUUACAAAUAAUAGAUAAAACUAUUAAAAACUAUAAAGGUGAAGCUAUACAACCACCAGCCACCAAAUUUUUUACAGAGUUUAAUACCUUUUCACAAUUAUUAAUCAAAAAUUAACUGGGUCAAAUAUAUGUCAGAACAACAUAUUGGUGUGAGUAUCGAUGUUGAAGCUAAGGCUGUCACCAAAGGUUUUUCCAAUACAACCCCAACUGCGCAAUUCUUGCAUGUCUGAUUUCCUUGCUUCUGUCGAGCUCUCUUGGUUAAUUUUUUAGAUUAAAUAAUUAUUUUUAAAAAUUAAUUAUUAAUAAAUCGAAAUUUCUUUUUCUUUUUUUUAUUCAUC